UCAGGAUCCUCCGGAUUGUCUUGUAUGCUGGAGAUUAUUCUCAGCGCUGCAAUAUCGACCGCCUAUGGGCGCGUCUCACGUCGGCGAUGGGGUGUUUGAAUGCGUGUUUGAAAAGCAGCCCUCUGAUCGGGUCACCAUUCGUUGCUCUCGGGGGUGGCUUUUCGGUGCCGGAGCCGGCGUCCAGUUCCUGCGUGUGGACAGGAAAAACUGGCCCACAAACUUCACAAGGCCUGCGCUUGUUCCUGACUAAAUUUACUCCUGCAAGGCUUGUCCUAGAGGUUGCCCAACCAUUGAACCAUACACGGCUGUGUCUGCCCCUCGACGGCGUCGACGCUCCACUGGCGCGUCUUGCUGGCCCACCUGCAAUGGCAAUUCAAACUGCACGCCCGGCAUGCCGUCACUCGGCGAUGAGAUGCUGCUGCACGAUUGAAAUGACUCGCCAUCCCAGCCGGCCAUCCAAGGGCCGCCAUCGGCAGCCAUUCGCAUCGACCGCGGUCGAAGGAGGCCGAUGUUUGAAGUUUUGUUUUGCGUGGGCGCCCGCCAGUGCUGUCCUGCUUGCGGAUGAACAGAGCUGGCUUGCCGAGCGCACAAAAUCUUCCUCGUCGAUCAUGUCUACUCACUGCUCACUGCUCACUGCCUGCCCACUGCCCACUGCUCAGAGUUGGCAGGAGGCUCGGAGCCUUAUGAGACAAGGUUUGCCCGUUAAGAUGCAGGGGUCAUCUCUUCGAUCUGUGCGUUCCGUCCGUGCAGCUGCAUUAUUCCCACCUGAAGAAAGAGUUCCGGAUCCCCCAGUUGAUUCGAGUGCUGGGUCCAAAAGGCGGGGCAGCAGAAUCAUGCUCUCCUCCAGAUUGUUUCUGGGGUACUAUUGCCAACUCAACCAUGGAAAUGGGGAUGGUGAUCAAGCAAAACUUUUGCUGUCGCUGUCUGGCUUGCCACUGUCGUCUCAGGCCUCUCGUUCACGUUUCAGCUCCGAGUGGAGGCUCAAUGGCAAUACUGUUUCCUGGGAUCAGCCGAUGCUUCACUUCCUCAGGCAAACCCAAAAAAUAACAUUUGCUCCCUAUGGGAUCUCUUCUCCGAGACUCUGGGACUCUGGAAUGGGAUAACAUAGCUUAUGGCGGUUCUGGAAGAGAUACCUACGGGCAAGCAUUAUGAGAUAUGGAAGUUGUUGGGGCAACACGCCAAUGUUUCCUUCAUCAGUGAUGACAUGAGAAAAAUAGAGUGACACCUUACGUACGAAAUACUUUGAGGAAGCCAAGAGCCAAGGGCUUGUGAAAUUCCAAAUUUUGGCU